GGCAGCCCAUGUAAAUAAGGGGCGCCGGGCGGCGUAGGAAGCGGGGCGAGGUCCAGUGCGCAGGAAAGCCCCGCGCGGCGCGUGGAGCCUGAGCGCACAGGCACUUUUGCAUCCCCAAUGGGGUGGCUUUGCACCAAGUUCCUGACCUCUGUGAGUUUCCUGAUUUUGCUGUGGGUGGCUGGCUCUGGGAGCAUUAAGGUGCUGGGUGAGCCCACCUGCUUCUCUGACUACAUCCGCAAUUCCACUUGUGAGUGGUACCUGGAUGGCGCUGUCGACUGCAGAUCUCAGCUCCACCUGUUAUACUGGCUGGACUUUGAGUUCUCUGACCUGGUCUGCAGAAACCACACAUGCAUCCCGGAGAACAGCGCCAGCACUGUGUGUGUGUGCCGCAUGGAUACAGAUGAACUGAUCCAGACAGACUCCUACAAACUGGUCCUGUAUGCUGAGGGACGAUUGCUGUGGUGGGGCUCCUUCAGGCCCAGUAGCAAUGUGAAGCCCCUGGCUCCAGGCAAUCUCACAGUCCACACCAACGUCUCCAAUGCAUGGCUGCUGACAUGGAGCAACCCGUACCCAUCAACAAACACCCUGUACAAGGAACUCAUCUACAUGGUCAACAUCUCCAGAGUGGACAACCCUGAGGAAUUCAUAGUCUAUAAUGUGACCUACGUGGAACCCAGACUGCUCCUCCCAACCAAGACCCUCAAGUCAGGGGUGCACUACAGGGCACGGGUGAGGGUCUUGGCUCAGAACUUCAGUGGCACGUGGAGUAAGUGGAGUCCCAGCAUCAUGAUAUACAACCACUUCCCGCUGCCCCUGGUGCAGCGCCUCCCACUGGGGGUUGGCAUCUCCUGCCUCUGCAUCCUGUUGUUUUGCCUGUCGUGCUACAUCGGCAUCAUCAAGAUUAAGAAGACGUGGUGGGACCAGAUUCCCACCCCAGCACGCAGUCCCCUGGUGGCCAUCAUCAUUCAGGACUCUCAGGUGCCCCUCUGGGAGAAGCAGACCCGAAGCCAGGAGUCAACCAAGUGCCCACGCUGGAAGACUUGUCUGACCAAACUGCUGCCCUGCUUGCUCGAGCACGGUGUGAAGAAGGAAUCAGAGUCCCCAAAGGCUGCCAAAACUGGGCCUCUCCAGAGUCCUGAAAAGGCAGCCUGGCGUCCUGUGGAGGUCGCCAGGACUGUCCUCUGGCCAGAGAAUGUCAGUGUCAGUGUGGUGCGCUGUAUGGAGGCCCCAGUAGAGAGCGAGGAGGAAGAAGAGGAGAUGGUCAGAGGGGACGAGAGCAUGUUACCCGAGAACAGCACAGGUGGCCUGCAGGAGGGUCAGGCAGACAUCAUGGCCCGGCUCACUGAAAACCUGUUUUCAGACUUGCUGAAGGCUGAAGAUGGGUGCAUUGGCCAGUUGAGCCUGAGGGAGUCGUGCUCCCCUAUGCCUUCAGACUGUGGGCCAGCUUCUGUGGCCUGGAGCCACUUACUCACGGGGCAGGCCACAGAACAGCCUUUACACCCGGACCCUCCCUCAGGCACCCUAACCCACGAUGCAACUGACCCAGCCUGCACACAGGUGCCACUUGUCGUCACAGACAAUCCUGCCUACCGCAGUUUUAGUGACUUUGGCAGCCCGUCCCCACAUCCUGAAGAGCUGACCUCGGAGCAGCAGCAGGCUGCACACCUGGAAGAAGGGGACCCUCCAAGCCCAGCUGACCCUCACCCUUCAGGCCCACCUGUGCAGCAAGUGGAAAGCUGGGAACAGAUCCUUCACCUGAGUAUCCUGCAGCAUGGGGCAGCUGGCUGUGACUCAACCCCUACCAAUGGCUACCGGGAGUUUGUGCAGGCAGUGAAGCAGGGUGCCACCCAGGACCCCAGGGUGCCUUGCUUCGGGCCCAGUGUGGAUGCUGCAGGUUACAAGGCCUUCUCCAGCUUGCUCAACCGCAGCGCCAUCUGCACAGACACAGCAGGACUGGGGACUGAGAGUGGAGGCUAUAAGCCCUUCCAAGCAGAACCGGGCACUGACAGUGGGCUCGGAGGCUACAAGCCCUUCCAGAACCCUGUUCCUAACCAGUCCCCUAGCUCCAUGCCCUUAUUCACCUUCGGACUGGACAUGGGGUUGCCAUCCAGUUCUCAGAACUCAGUCCCACCCAGCAGCACCCCAGAAUGCCUUGGUCUGGAGCUAGGACUCAAAGAAGGUGACAGGCUAAAGGCCCCUCCUCCUGCAGAUCAAGUGCCCACGCCCUUUGGGGAUGACCUAGGCCUUGGCAUUGUCUACUCUUCCCUCACCUGCCACCUGUGUGGCCACCUGAAGCAGCACCACAGCCAGGAGGAAGGGGGCCAGAGCCACAUGGUUGCUAGCCCCUGCUGUGGCUGCUGUUGUGGGGACAGGUCACCAUCCCCAGGGAGCCUCUCAGGGACCUUGGAAACCUGCCCUGGGGAGAUGUCGCCAGAAGCCAACCCCAUCUCAGCACCCAGGACACCUUCAAACUUGUCCGUGGAGGGCAAGGUUGCUGGUCAUGCUAUUUCCAGCCAUACCACCAAGGUGUCUGCUGGCACCCUGGGCAUGGCAGUUUCCUAGGUGAGUGAGUGUGCUGUUGUCGAGGUCGGUCAUGAGCCCAGGGUUCAUCCAAGCCAGGGGCGUGCCUCCCAGGAGACAGCCCAGCUGGCAGGUUUCCCAGAAUCCAGAGAAGGAUGAAUUGAAGAUGUGAACUUAGCCUGACCCUGGAGCUUGGAGCCUGGCUGCCUUCCCACCACUGGCCUGGGCUCUCCUCACAAGGGAUUCGGGGGCUCAGAAUUCUGUGUGCCACAACAGUGCUGAGAGUCCUAAGCCCCCUGCUCUCCCAGUUCUUGGUGCCCUACCUGCUCAGCCCCCCCCUUUUUUUUCACCAAAUAGAUCUGUUGCCCAAGGCUCACAGCAGUCCUGGCACAGCUGCUUGACUCUCACUGAGCUGGAAGCUAAGCCUAGAAACUCAGAGCUGGCCUGGCAGUGGCUUGGGAGGCACUAAAAAUGGGUAGAAAUAGUAGGUUCAGGGAGGGCAGUUAUUGGCCCCAAGGUGGCCGUUCAUUGAACAGCUACUGUGGGUUAAGGCUGGAGGCAGAAUCUACUGUCCCGGCCAACUCAGUUGUGGAGAGCAACAAGGCUACAGGAAAGCAGUCGCUGCCAGUUGCCCACACGUGACCUGCAGCCAGGGCUCCUGGAAUGUGGAGGUGGAGAUGCAGCUGCCCAGUGGCGAGUCCCAGUGGACACCACUGCUGACCGUCAGGACGAGACCACAAAGGGUUGGGGCUGCUUGUGGUAGGUGGUAGCAGACGACAGAGUGCAGUCGGACUGCUUUCUGGAAGGAUGGGGCCAGGUUGGGCAGGGCCCGUAUGUCUUUGCCUUUGCACACCCAAUAUGUUUGCAAGGAGGGCAGGCCAGGCCACGCGGAGCUUUACGUCAAUAAAGACUCUUUAUCUUG